AUGGAUGAAACUGUGGCUGAAUACAUCCGAAGAACUGUGCUAAAAAUCCCAAAGGAUGAAAUCAAGAUGAUGCUGCAGAAAUGGGGCUUUCUCUCUGAGGCACAACUUCAGACUCUAAAUUUCCACCAGAUAAAGGACAACAUUUCCCAAGAAGUUGUUCAACUCUGUGAGGAAAAUUCUGCAGACAUCAAGCAAGCAGCAGUUCUAGACGUGAUUUACAACCACAUCUACCAAAACAAAAGAAUGUGGAGUGUUUACCAGAUGAAAAAGUCAGGAGAAGAAUUGGAAUAUUUUGAUAUAACAGAUUUCAAAGAAAAGUUUAAAAGAAGACUUCGGUCAGCCUUGAAAAAUGUCACCAUCACCUUUAAGGAGUAUGAGGACAAUGCAAUCUGGAUUAGAGUUGCCUGGGGAACACCACAUAAAAAACCAAACCAGUACAAACCCAGCUAUGUUGUGUACCACUCACAGACUCCCUAUGUCUUCAUUUCUUCCUCAGUGCUGAAGAGCACCUUGCCUCUGCUGUGUCAGGCCCUGAUUGUUGCUUCCAAUUACCAUGACAUCGGUGAAAUGGAGCUUCGAAGUCAUUCUUUAAACUCCCUUAAAGAUAUUGUGUUUAAAAGGUAUAGCCAGAACUUCCAAACUUGCACUCCAAAACCUCUGCAAGGAGGGAAUGCAGAAAAUGCAGAUAUAAGGAUAGUUGAAGAAAACAGAAGUGAGAAAGAAAGAAUCCACAGACUGAACCAGGAAGUUUUUGGUAGUGGUCCCCUACCAAAACUCGAAUUUGCACAAUACAGGCUUGAGACGAUGUUUAAAAGUGAUCCUAAAUUGGAUGUUUUGGAUAAAAAAGAGCCAUUCAGAUGUUUGGUCAAGUUUUCUAGUCCCCAUCUUUUAGAAUCACUGAAAUCCUUGGCACCAGCAGGUAUGGCUGAUGCACCACUCUCACCACUCCUUACAUGCAUACCACAUAAAGCUAGGAAUUAUUUUAAAAUUAGAGAGAAAAAAGGUUUAUAUCCAGCAAGUUUUGUAAGCCCUUAA